GAAGCGGGUGGAGGCAAAUGAGUAUGCGCAGUUUUUUACUAGUAUUCCGUAAAAAUAUAGGAAAAAUUUCUGCCAAAACUUUUGGACAUGGGGCAACAUGGCCGACUGGCAGGAAAAUUUUAGCUCUCCCGUUCUGGGAGAAGAAGAAACUGUGCUAGCCAUUCGUCUUGCCGAAGCUCUCCGAACCGAUGAAGUUGAAACCUUCCUCGAGAUUUACGAUAGUAUUCCUUCUACGACAGAAACCAAACGAAUUAAUGAAAUUAAAGAAAUGGCACGACAAGUUGCGGCACUUCCAAAGAAGAAAUUCGAGCUCUAUCGUUCAAAGAAAAUACUCACUAGUGGUGAUCACUCCCUUUUUGCAGCAGGAACUAAUCAAGCUUUAAAAGGCAAAUUAGGCACAAACUCAUUAAACAUAACCACAGCAUUCAGUAGUAUAGAGAAGGAUUUAGUAAGUAUUCCUCAAUAUCAAGUUGAUAUUCUUGAUUCUGGAGAGUUAAUAGACAGUGAAAUAAAACCAAAGAAUGGAAACAAAAAGAAAAAGAAAUCCAAGAAAGGAAAAUCGACUAAUUCAUCUCAAGAACAAUCUGUUACUAACACAAGUACAGGAGAACAAGAUGGAAUUAAUUUGGACAUGAAACGCAAGGUUCUCAGUUUAGAAAAUUGUUCACCUCUAUGUGUUAAAAUGAAUUCAGAUUUAGAAACAGACAUCUCAACUGGAAGAGAACUGAAAACAGUACAGAAUUCCAAGUCAAAUGGAAUGGAUUCAAGGUCUUGUGGAAGCUCUUCAUCUUUAAAUGACAGUGGGAUAGUGACACCUGAUUCAGGUUUAGGAUCAUAUACGUCACCAGUUUUCACCAAACAACCACCAUUUGGAUUUCCACCUUCAUCUCAAAAACUUUUGGAAUCUGCCUUAGGUCUCUUACCCAAUGUUGCACUUGAAAAGGACAAUUCAUCAAGCUUGUUAGGCACCUCAGAAAAUGUUAAAGAUGACUUUCAACUAUCUGAGGACUCUAGUAGCAAACAGAAAGAAGGGGUACAAAGUAGUGACAACAUUCAGGCAUCAAAAUGUGAUAAAAAUGAUUUGCCGAAACAAGAGAUUGUGUGUAAAAAUAGUGAUAUUGAGGACGACCCUAUCAGUGACAUUUCUGACACUAAGGAAGUAUGUAAAGACUUUGUUGUGAUUGAAGGCGAUUCUGUGGAUGGAGAUGUUUCAAGUUCAUCUGCAGUGGAGGACGAAGGAGGUUGGCAGUCUCAAACCAGGAGAUCACACCGUAAGAAGAAGAAAGAACUUGCAGCAAGAGCAAGCCGGGAAAGGAAUCACAUGGACAGAUUUCAAAGAAAGGAUUUCCAUAAACAACAAUCAGAUAGUCAAUUCAGGAAAAGUCAUCAUCGCAGAAGGUCUGUGGAUGAUAAAAAGAAUGUUGUCAAGACAGAGAAAAAGUUUCAGAACAAUGAAAACAAAAGUAGUACUGUUUUAGUUGAAUCUUCAGCAAUGAAUUCAAACAUGGAUGGGCAAAUACAGGCAAAAACUGAUAAAGAUAAUGGAUCGAAGGUCAGCAAAGGACCUUUGACUUCUGAUCGUAAACUAAUUUCACUAAAACUCCGCAGCCCAUUUGCACCACCCGAUGUAGUCCAGAUGAUAGAUGGUUAG